GCGGCGCUCUGAAGUCAACAAAAGUUUGUUCUAGUUACAGGGUAAUUAAUCUGUCACUUAGGGCAGGAUGGAACGUGGCAUAAUGGAGGAGCAAUCCUCACGAAUUCUCAUUAAUUUAAUCAAAGAUUUACAAUCACUAUGUUUGACAAAUAUGGAAUAUUUCCAGAGUGGCACGCAAAGUCAUCAUGCUAAAUUUCAUGUGGCAUUUUGUUUACUGUUUGAGUAUUUGGACCUUGGAAUUGAACCCAGUGUGAUGGCCUUGAUACCAAGAUUGAGUGAAUAUGACGUUUCACCACAGACUAAAGGAAAUGGCUACAGAAGUCUUUUAAGAGUUGUUCAAAAAUGUUGUCUGCAUUUGAUACAGUUGUCGCGUCACAUAAUCAUAAACCGCGAUUCAAUGCUGUUCCGUCGUGCUCACUAUUCAAAAGAACUCGAAGCAUAUGUCGCAACCAUGGGUCAGUUACGGGCGUGCUUGUACUAUGCUCAACAGGUGAUGAACUAUUGUCAAGAGGGGAUGCUGUUUACUGACGAAGAUGCGUUAGAUUCCUCCAUCGCUGAUAAGUUGAUGUUAGAAUUUGAGAUGCUGAAUCAAGAUUGUUUCUACGGAAGAUGUUUAGGUUUUCAGUUUUGUGAAACAAUGCAGAGGCCACUACAAAUAGUGGCUGUUGCCAUGGCAUCGUUCAGUGAAGGAUAUCAGGAGAAUUCUCAACUCAUGAAAUUAGCCACGUCCGUAUUUAACAGUGGGAAAUAUUUCCUCAACCCUGAACUUCGGGGAAAACAGGUAGUAAAUGUAACCCGAUCUGCUGAUGUCAAGUUUUGUAAAGCGUUUUGGUCGAUAACAGAAAGCGAUAUUAUGCAUCAAUUACCAGCGUUAGUUUAUCCUUCUGUUGAAGUUGAUGAAGUGUUACAACUCGGCCCAGAUUCGUUUGAAGUGAAGUUAGAAGAUGGGAGUGAUACUGUGUUUAUAACACCACCAUGUGCUCAUACUGGACCAGGACCAGUACAAGUCAGACUUAUAUCAUAUCAUCUUAGAGAUGGACAGCAAGUACAUAUAAAAUCAACUAAAAACAAACCACCCAAGCAUCCUGUUGUUCCGAAACCAAAGAGUCCAGGUUUGAUUGUCCACUGUCAUGGUGGAGGUUUUGUAGCACAGUCAUCUAAAUCACAUUCAGUAUAUUUACGUAACUGGGCUCGAGAUAUCAAUGUUCCUAUAUUAUCAAUAGAUUAUUCGUUAGCUCCAGAAUUUCCCUUCCCACGAGCUCUAGAGGAAUGUUUUUAUGCAUAUUCCUGGGCCACACAGAAUGUCAGUAAACUAGGUUCAACAGGGAAGACUAUUAUAUUAGCUGGUGACAGUGCUGGGGGUAAUUUAAUUAUCUCAACGGCCAUGAGAGCUGCUUCAUUUGGUAUUCGACGUCCUGAUGGUAUCAUGGCUAUUUAUGCUGCUGUCCUGGCACGAUAUACCCCGUCUCCAUCAAGACUUCUUGCCCUCAUGGAUCCUCUUCUCCCGAUUGGUAUACUAUCCAGAUGUCUAGCAGCGUAUGCUGGUGUAUCUGAUGAGCUGUUAAAUGGUUUAACGGAAACUGAGUUCUCGAGUAAAGCUCCGUAUCAUUUGGACGAAGAUGAUUCGUCGGACACGGAGUGGGUUAUUGUAUACGAUAAAAAUGAGACUGACAAGAAGAAGAAAUCAGCAGAGACAAAACAGACAGAUGGUAUUGUUUCAGAUAGUUCUACGGAGGAUUUCCAUUCUGCAUGCCAAACACCACAGGCGGACCCUUCGUUUACUGAUGCAUUUGACGUUGUUUCUAUGACAACAGAUGAGAAUGAUCAGUCUGUCGCACCAACUCCCGAAAAUUGUGAAAUUGUCUCAAAUCAAAUAGAUGCAGAGGAAACAGAGAAAUUAGAACGAUCGAGAAAUACAGAAGUGCCAUCAUCGUUAGAGUUACCUCCCCCGGAAUCAAUAUUACCUCCCCUUGUUAAGGGAACCAUGGAAGUUAUUGCUACUGUGAUAGAUAAUCUGACCGGUCAAGCUAACUGUGAUCAAAGUAACUGUGAUGAACACAUGUCAGAGUUAUCUACUCCUGACAAAUCUGGAGCACCUGCUCAAGUGGAGUUAUCUCCCUCUGACGAACUGAUCUCUGUAGAUUUAAACUGUGUUUCUAAUGCUGAUAAUUAUGUGAUUGAUCCUGUCAGAAGCGAGAGCUGUCCAGAUUUUAAACAAGUACAGAAUAACGUUGAGACUUUACAAAACGGUGCCACCAGCCAUAGUAAUGAUACGUCUCCGGCCCACGUGACUCGACCAAAAAAUUUCAAACUGCCGCAUUCGCAGUCUAUCCCCGCAUUUCCAUCUAAUAGACCUCGACCCGGUGCUAUGUCUCCUACAGAUUUUCUACGACAUCGUCAUCUAGCUCAAAGUCCAUUAAAAGUUGUACGUCAUCUACCUAUUGUGAAGAAUCCCUACAUGUCUCCGCUACUGGCACCAGAUGAACUGCUGAUGGGUUUACCAGACAUGUCUCUUGUUGCUUGUCAUCUGGAUCCACUGCUGGAUGAUUCUAUCAUGUUUACUAAACGAUUACGUAAACUGGGUAAAAAGGUUGACCUUGAUCUCGUGGAUAAUCUACCUCACGGUUUCCUCAAUUUCUCGAUGGUAAGCAAGGAGGCCAAACAUGCAACUGAUGUGAUUAUUAAAAAACUGAAGGAAAUGUUUAAAAUGGAGGAUCUAGAACCCCCGAUAAGUCAGAUGAAUCGACCUGUGUAGAUAUUACACUGUUAAACUGAUAUCAUUGAAUUAUUGAACACAGAUCUUUUACUAAUUAAAACUCAUUAAAUUAUCAUACAACUGAGCAUUAUUCCAAACUAAUGUUUAGUAUUUAUAGAAAGUGAUUAGUAAUUAUUAAUUAUACAGGUGUGUAAUUAACUAGCUGUAAAAGAUGUCACUUCUAGCAUAAUUAAUCUUAACUGUUUGAAAAAUAUUAUGGAUAUAAAAUAAGGACUUAUAUGUUUGUGUCAUAUAUCAGUCCUUCAUGUUUAAGGUGCUCUUUCGCUCCUGCUCCUCUCGACACAGCUCAGCUUUCCUUCCUUCGCGGGAGUCAUUAAAGACUCAUGCAAAUUAGCUAAAUCGCUCUCCUAAAUAUUGAGAUUAAUAAACUACUUUCAGUUUUUGCUUAUUUUUAAACUGCAUACGUGCAUACAUUUAAAGAGAAUAUUAAAAAAGACUAAAGCAUAAAUAUCAUUUGGCUCUCCUUAAUUCAAGAAAAUAUAGAAUUACUCUUGCAAUAUAAUUAAGAAGGGUUCUUUUACGGGAGCUUUUUUCUCAAUUUUGAAAUUGACAGGAGCUUUUUAUGACUCCCACACGAUUUCAUAAACGUGAAGGACUGAUAAAUGUUUUAUGUUCAUAUGUCAACGAUAUCAACUUACAAUGUUAUGAUGUAUAUUUUAACAGUUUAAAUCUGUAUUUUAAAUAAUUCAUUACUGCAGCUUUCAGCUAUGGAUUUCACAGACCAGAAGCUAAUUCUAUAAAUUAAUAAAAGCAAUAAUUAUUUUAAUGUCGUCAGACUCUGAGACUAUUUCAUGAAAGGCGAACGGUGAUGCUUACCACAGAUUAUAAUAAUUGUAAAAAAGUGUUCGAGAUGCUUCCCUUCAAACGUAUUUAAAACAUGAGAUGUUGUCUAUAUUUUAGAGCUGAGCGCUGGGAGCAGCUCUAGGGGUUGUCUACAUGUACAUUUCAUCCCGUCCUCCAAACAUUAACUAAUUUCUUUUUAUACAAUCUGAUUCAAACACAGACCCUAUUUCGCUUCGUUUUUUAAAGUUCAAAAUUUCAUUCUGGAUGAUGUGAUGGAUUAGUCAAUAAAAUGUUCUGUUACGGAGAGUUGCACUAAACAGUGCUGAUUGGUUAAUCAAAUGUCUGAAAUCAUAGGAUCAAAAGCCACUCGUAUGACCUCUUGACGCGACCUCCCGCUACAACUGGUCAAGUCUUCAUGUAGUAGAGGCCAUCGAAAGUACAUGUAGGGGGGUUGGAUGGCCGAAGGGUUAGCACGUGCGUGCUGUAUCAUAAAGCCUGUCAUUGAGUCAACUGGCGUGGUUUCGAAUCCCCGAUUGUACGUGACAAGGAGUAGGGUCGCCUGUCCAACCUCGUGGGUUUUUUCUCCGGGUCCUCCAGUUUCCUCCCACUGCUAAAGCCCCCUACACGCAAAAGAAUUAUUGAAAUAAAAAUUAAACCAUAUGUUAGUCCCGAAAUGACCUAGUUUGUGUCGAGUGGACAUUAAACCCCAUUUCUCUCUCUCUCCCAUCAGGGCUUGCCACGACACGCGAGUAAUUACUCGCGCGCACGCUACGCUCGCGUAAAACCAAAUUUACGUGAGUGAUUAAGUACUCGCGCAAAUAUAAAAAAUAAUUUAAUCAGAAAUAAUUGAAUAUCGUAAUAUAAAAAGCCGUAAACAAUUUGUAUGCCUUCAUAUCGAUGCACUAUUGCGCACGCGGCGUGUCUUUCCAGUGCCAACUGUUAUUAAAAAUACUUUGAGACGCGUACUGCCAGGCGGUUUUUAAGCGGAUGUCCUUUGCCGUGUAUGGAUAAUCAAACAUUGAGCGGAUGUUGUCGUUUCUAUUAAUAGCAAUUCUUUCGAUCCCGCAUCUUUUCUGCAAAUUGAUGGGAUUGAAAUUGUUUUGCCUGUUCUUUUACCUUUCUAAGCUUUACCCGAAUCCCCUCAGCACGCCAACGAUGGCAAAGGGAAGCCCAGUUUCUCUUGCAACGUUCUUGUCAUGGAAAGACGAUUUACAGAUAAUAUUACUGCCAAGGAAAUAAAAGAGUAUGCAUUGUCAUUGUGUGUGAAAUAGCUUUAUUCAACGUCCGCUUCCACCGAAGUGACAAGAGCAUUGCCAUUAGGCACAUGAAAUUUAAAUGGCUACUCACGCACAUCAUUCUGCGUGAGUAAAUACAUGUACUCGCCUCACUCGCGCAAGUCUAUAUUUGCGUGAGUAGUCAUCUACUUGUCUCCAAUUUGCUGGUGGCAAGCCCUGUCCCAUCGCAAGUAUAAAAAACGAAACGAAAUAUAGAUCUAUAUUUUAAUCAGAUUGUUUAUUUAUACACCUACAAUUAAUUUGGACAUAUGUUGUCACCAUGUUGUCACCAUGUUGUCUGUCUUUUGUUGGUCCAUCUUCUGUCCACAAUUUCUUGUCACCACUCUGCAGGCCAGAGUUAUUUAUAUAUAUAUAUAUAUUUUUUCAACUUCAUGGGGUUUGUUCAUUGUCAGUUUUGCUGGGCAAGGAACACAGUCUAGUAGUUUGGAUCAGAUGAAAAAUCGAGGUUCAGUGUACACGUUGGCAGGAACGUAAUAAAAAUUUGAAUUUGAAAUAAGCGUAAGCUGUAGUGCUGCUGUCUGGGCAAAAUUUCCCUCAUCCAUAACACGUGGCAAGGAGUAGGGUCGCCUGUCUAACCUCGUGGGUUUUCUCCGGGUCCUCCGGUUUCCUCCCACUGCGAAUUAUUGAAAUAAAAAUAAACCAUGUGUUAGUCCCAAAAUGACCUAGUUUGUGUUGAGUGGACGUUAAACCUCAUUUCUCUCUCUCUCUCUCCCCUCAUCCAUAACACACAUCCCAAACUAAGGCUGUCUGUCUACAGUUAGCUGUAUUAUCGAGGUAUGAAAUAGAGGGAUCGCUGUGUACAGUAUGCCAAAAUACACUGUAUGGCAUAUUCUUGUCUUCAUCAGACCAGUUGAAACAGAACAGUCGGCAGUUGUUUCAAUGGUUAAAAUAUGUAAACAAACGUUCCUCAGUGAACAUGUGAGAAUAACGAGUGACUAGAGGUCCUCUGUGAUUUAUUUUAUAUUAAA